UCAAUAUGGCUUCCGCCACCGCCAGCAAGCGACAGUACCUCCGAAGGUGACAUCGAAACAUGGUGGAAUAUUUAAGGGUGCGCGAAUCGUCGCGCGUGUGAAAAUCGCUGGUGUGAUCUUGUCGUAACUCGCAUCAUCGGAAUUAAUUCGUGUGCUGAGGAAAUAGCGUGUAUGCUUGAAAAACAAAACAUUACCGAAGGAGUGAGAGAGAUGGAGAGACACUGUGUUCUGUCUCGAUGAAGUGAGACAAACUGCACGCACGGGCCUCUGGUUGGAGAAAGAUAGAGUGACAGUGUGAUACAUCGGUUCGUUACGGUGGAGGUUUCUGACACGAAUGUGUAUCGGUUGAAAAAGCACGGAAUUCCGUGAGCUCGGUCGUGCUCGAGACGCGGUUUGACGCGGUGACGCGAAUGUUGUAAUCGGGGAAAAAAAGGGAGUAUCAAAUCUUUCAGAGCGCGGUGCGCUCGACACAUACGUCGAAAGCGUGGCUCUGCCGGUGUAUGUUACGUCCCGUACACGCCGUAUCGUCCUGACUCCGUGUGUACGUGCAAUCUUUCGGUGUUGAACGUUGAAAGAAGAUAGACAGACGGGUGGACGAGCGUGGAAGAAUGAGAAAAAGAGUGGAGAGGCACAGGGUGUACAUCGACGGGCAGCACGACGACGUAACAGAGAGAAGAAGAGGCAAAAGAGCGAGCGAGUGAGCCAGGCGACGUUGCCAGAGUUUUCCUUCUCGCGUUCCCUACCGUACAGCACGUCCCUUCGUGUGCUACGAGGAAGACCGAAACGGAGAAUAAUGUGACAAGGAGCGAGAGAAAAGUAGUGCGAGGAGCCAGCGCAGAGACACGAGUGCGACAGAGACAGGGGGGAGGGUAUUACACCGAGUAGCGUGAGUCGCGCGAAAACGAUCUAGGGAAUUUUUACGUUCGAUCGUCGGAUUUGUCGAUUUCGCACCCAAGUUUCGUUUGUCGCGAUUCGUGAAUACCACGAGACGACUCCCAAUGACGUACACACGAAACACGUGACACGCCGAGUUAGGCCGAUCGACAAGCCAUGAAGAAGCCACGCGUGGACCGGGACCGGCUUCGGGAGCGGGAACGACAAGCCCGCGCGGCGAUGUCGGUCCAGGCCGAACAAGCGGCUGCAGGAGGUGGUCCUGACACCAGACACCAUCACCAUGGCCACCACAACCACGCUCACCAUCAUGCUAAUCCACACGCUGUCGCCGCUCCGCUCUUCCGUGCUCCUGUCAGGGUGAGUCCAGACGCCCGAGACAGUACGACGCAGCAAAUUCAAUCGAAACUAGGCAACUAUUCUCUGGUGAAGCAUCUUCUGGACGAGCCGAAACGGCUGAUCGGCAUCGAGGGUGUACCGCCGAGCCCUGCUCCGCCUUCGGCCGCGUGCAUUCGACUGAGUUCCAGUUCGGUUGGCGCAAAUUCCAGGAGCUCGCCCUCCUCUCAGGAAUUCAAGAAACCCGGAGGACCGAGGACCGAUGCUGGUGGUUCGUCCUCGUCGACUUCGGCGUCGUCCUCGUCGACGAGUCAUCAACGCGGUGGUUUCGUGAAACCGGCCGAUGGAAAGCCGCCGUAUGGAGGCCGGGGUAGUUACCCCGGCCAGCCGGUGAAGCACGGGGGUAACAGCAACGAUCAUCGGAGCCACGGUUUAUUACCCGCCAAAGGGCCGCCCACGAAUUCACCCGGGAACGGUACGCUCUUUGGCAAUUCGAAUAUCGGGAAUUCCAGCGGCAGCAGGCUUCACUCUGUCGGCAGCAGACUGUCCAGGUUACCUCUCGAUAACGGAACAAGUUCAAGGCCUGGUCCAACCGAGAGCUCCGCGGAUGUAGAGAAUAUUUUAAAGGAAAUGACCAUGCCGCCCACGCCUCUGUCGGCUAUCGCCCAGACGCCGAGAAAGGAGCCGGAGUCGAAGUUCAUGUUCAAUCCUGUGCUAGUAAAGUUGACCGAGGUGACGCCGCAGGAAGCCACGAAGCCUCAGCGCGAGAGACAAGCCGCCAGCAGGCUAUCGGCGGAUUUGGAGCGGGACUUGAGUUUAUCCGAGGACAGCGACGAUGAGACAAACAAGGAAACGUCAUCGCGAACGGCAAGGGGAAACAGAAGCCCAGACCUCACGGUCGAUUUAUCAACACCCCUAAUACCAGCGAUGACACCGGCCCCGCCACCCUUGGCACCCAUGUCACCCAUGGGUCCGUCACCGGUGGGUCCUCUGUCACCCACGAGACAACUGAGUCCAAUCAGACCUCCGUCACCGCCGAAACAAUUAACUCCUGAGCAAGUGCUCUCACCUCCACCGGUGAGCCCGUUGCAAUCGAAAGGCACUCCAAGCCCAACGACGCAUCAAAGGCCACCCAGUCCUUCCGUUCAGGCUCCACAGAGUUCCGGUAGCGCCAGUUCAAGCUCUGAUUCCGGCUCUGAUUCCGGAUCUGACAGCAGCGAUGAUUCUGAGGAUGAAACCGGCACCCAACCUACCAAAGGCCCUUCCACUCCUCCAUCGGUAUCACCAAAGAACGAAAAUUUGAUCGAAGAACCGCCGCCUGCGAUCGAGGAAUCAAAACCGAGAUGGAAUCUCAGUUCGUUCUUCAAUAAGACCAACAUGUCUCACGGGGAACAGAAUUCGGAAAACAAGCAAGCUCAGGAUUGCAAUAGGCGAGAAGGUUCUCCGGUGGCAACGGCCGACGCUAGAACGCACAGGGAAAAGGCAGCUCACGAUUGGCAGCUCGACGAGGCCCUGAAAAGCACUCGUAACGCCACAAUGAUCAGUGUACUGGACAGUGACAGCAGUGAUCGUCCCUCGGAUCAAGAGAAAAGUCAGCCAGCGCAGGAAAAUCUUGUUCAGCCAGAGAAAGCAAAGGUGGCGGACACCAGGAAACCAGGUCGACCUCCGGGUCGUCCUAGAAAACUUACCAACAAGAAUGCAAAAGGUAGUCAUCCAACACCAGAAGAAAAUUUGAAAAAUGGUAAAUCUCGCAGCAGAACGAGAGGAGUGGGUAGCCCCAAGAAGAAGGCGCCUCUUUCGAAAGCCACCAUAACUACCAGCGAUGAUGGAAGCGAUGACAGAUCACAGGGAGCUUCUAGCGAUUCGGAUAGCGAUCGACCGACCAGGGUGUCACCCGUAGUAGUCCCUAUAAACGAAAAGAAAAAAUCCAAGUUGAGUGCGUCUUCCAGCGAAGAUGAACGUCCGCCAAAUAGAAAAAACAACAGUGCCUCCGAUGAUGAUAAUACACGCUGGAGAAGAAUGCCUAUCAAAAGGAGUAAACUGGCAGAUUCGCCGAAGAAGCAAGAGAAGAGAAAGAGUCCCGCGAAGGCGAAACCUAGAAGGUCCAACUCACGGGUGACCAAUGUCGGUGGCGGGUCUGAUUCUGAUAGCGAGUCUGAGUUGUCCGUGAGAAAUCGUAUUCAGGUUGCCAGAGUACCCCCAAGGCCAAGGGCACCACCGACUAGAGCUACUUCUCCGGAAAAUUCAGACAGCGAUAACAGCCCAGGUUCGAAGUUACAAGAAGAGGACGCGGGUAAUGUACAAGACAAGAAGAAGAGUGACACUCUUCGGAAAGUAUUUUCAUCUUCUAUGGGAGGAGGAAAGGUCGGAGGUAAAGGAGGGAAAGGUGGUAAAGGCGGAGGAAAAUGUGGCAUCUACGUGGAGGAAUACACCUCUGCGAAUACACCGACAGGAGGAGACAGUCCGUACAAGAGACCAUCGUCACAGGCGUCCAGUUUGAUUCAGUCUUUCCCAUCGCUCACCUACGUGAAUGGUGUGCCAAGUUUGCUCUGCAGGAUCGACCUGAGCAAACUUCCGCAUGUAUCACAGUUGUCGAGAGGUCAAGAGUUGAGACAACGCACGGAACUUCCGGACACGAGGCCGUCGUCGAGACAAGCCUCGACGCUGACUUUACAACCCCCUCGAGCGCCUACGCCGGAGGAAGGGGAGAUUGUCGAUACGCCACCGCCUCAACAACUAGCCUCCGACACGAGGAUUCACGGUGAUUCAUUGUUGGUCGACGGUGACCUUAAGAAUCGCGCUGUGAUCAAGGGCGAACUUAUAUCGGACACGAAGAGUAAUUGCGGCAUCGGUCUCGGGGCUGGUGUCGUUUGUGCAGGUGCUAGUGGAUGUGGUAGUGGUGCGGGUAGCCUGUCCAAGAGGAAACGUAGUCCGAGUUGUAGUUCAGUGUCCAGUUUCGGUACUGUGUGUUCCACGGAGACUAAGACGAAAGAGUCGGGAGAACACAAAGAGCGAAAGAAGAGAAAGAGGAAACAUUCUGAUGCCGGAGCAGUUACACCUAGGCCAUCUUCGAGUCAGCAAAGUGAAAUACAACCAACGAACCACGAACGGGAAGAGAAGAUUGACACCAGUUUAUUACCGCCACCACCUCCGCCUCAGCGAGUAUAUUAUUCCUACUUUAAUCCUCAGAAUGAAGUUUUGGAGGACCAGGAGAGGUGUAGGGACCAGAAUCAGUACCUGAUGGAAGCGAAGCGGCUAAAGCAUAGCGCUGACAAGGAAUGCGAACUCACGGCGCAGGGUAUGCUUUACCUAGAAGCCGUUCUCUGUUUCCUGCUCACUGGAAAUGCCAUGGAGGCGGAUGCUCUCACGGAGAGGGCAUCGUUCACCAUGUACAAGGAUACACUUAGUCUCAUCAAUUAUUUCCGAUUUCCGCUUGCUCUACUUAGAUACAUCUCCUCUAAGUUCAAGAGCCAGCAGAGCAACUCGACAGAGAGUAAUAUACAUAGCAAGCUGGUCAUUCUAAGUCUCUUUUGUCAAUCCCUCAUAUAUUUGAAGCUGUACAGGAUGCGUAAAUACGAAAUCAAAGAGACCCAAAGAAUUCUCAACGAGUACCAUCAAAAGGCUGCUCAGGCAACACCGGUACAAGCAGAAGGACAAGGAACGCCUUCUUUAUCCCCAACACCAUCACCAGCUGGUUCUGUGGGUUCUGUCGGCAGUCAGAGUUCCGGAUAUAGCAGCGGCGAACUAGCAAAUCGAGGAGCUGCUUCGGGUCAACCGCAGGCAGCUCCGUCGUACGUUAGUGUACCAUAUAUUAUUUAUAACGCUAUGAAUAAGCAAAAUUACCAAUUUAACCUGCUACUGAACUGUCUCGAACUGUGGGACCAGGCAAACGCUUUGGUGACAGAUAUGCAUAGAGAUUUCUUCAUCGAGCUGGAUGAAAAAUUGGGACCCCUCACAUUGAAAAGUUCAUUGCGUGAUCUGGUGCGCUAUGUUCAAGCCGGUAUAAAGAAGCUUCGAGAUCUCUGACCACAGUGGCAUAGCCCCAGACCGCCCACCCCUAAUUAUAUUACUUCUCUCCCACAAAACAUGGCCACGUACCCAACGAUGUACACGUAAAGAUAUAUAAAACGAUCUUUGUGGACUUGGAAGACGUACGGAAGAUCGGCAAUCGUGUGAUUAUAGUAACGUAACGCUCGUUGAGAAAAUUGUCGAGCAAGAAAAAAAGCAAAACAGCGGGAGACGUCGAGUAUAUUCUCAAUGAUUAAGGACUAUUCUGGUGGGGAGCAAGAAUUGAAGGUGGUCUGGGGAGCAGCGAAGAGACCGUUGUAUUCGAUAUAAUUAUAUUCGAUAGCUCUAAUCACUAUGUUUCUUCGUUCGGGGGUUCGUGAAUGGGCGCCCUGGCAUUUUUUAAAACUCCUAGCACCAAUUUUAUAGUCAAUUCAGAGUUAUUCGUCUAACAGUGAAAGAAGUUAAAAGAAGAAGGAUCAAUAAGGAUCCGUGAUCGGUCAUAGAGGGAGCCCAUGUAUCCUGUGUAUAGCACGCGUUACUUAUUUUCGAGAUGAGAAUGGACUGGCAAUGUAAAAUCGGAAGAGAAACGAAGCAAUAGAAGAAACAUACGUUCGAAAGACGAAGAAAGAAACGAGGGCGAAAUACUGGUCCUUAUUUUUUUCGGAGUAAAUCAUUUUUGUAAGUUAACAGAUGAGAUCGACAAACAAAAGGAAAAGAAGCAAAUGAACUGCGAAGGAAAGAAAUGACGGAAAAGGAAUAAGAAGUGCCACAGAAGCGCCCGUGUGUUCUCGCUUUACGGUGCGCCGCAGCCGACGUUACCUGAAGCAUGAGUUUCGUCCUGGCGAUUCGAAUGCGACGAAUACACAAGGAUAUAUAUAUAUAUAUAUAUAUAUAUGCAUAUAGUUUAUUACCUAUAUAAAUAUAUAAAUAAUUAUAAAUAUAUAGAUACGAAUAUAUUUAAUGAAAAGAGAACCAUCGCGUCACGCGCGUCGGCGUUUCGUUUUUAGUAAAUAAAAAGGAAACAAAAACAAAAGAAUAUGGUGAUCGUGAGAUUCGUGAUGGUUAGGUGAGAUAGAAGAAAAGAGAAGAAAAUGGAGGAGAGACAGAGACGGGACAAUUUAGUGUAAUGAUGCAUUUCUCUUCGGUGGAGAUGCACCGCGAGCAACAAGAUCAACACAUUGAUCCAAAACCGAUACAACACUACUACUAUUAUGAUGUCUAACGUCUGUGAACGAAAGACAUGACACUUUUUUGUAGAUAGGUUACGAAGGAGAAAAAAUAAUCUAGAUUAGAUAAUUAAUACGCAACAAGGAAAAACAAAGUUAAACGGUAACAGAAAAAAAACAAAACAACCAAUACAUAUUAUUUACAUUACUUAGAAUUAACCGGGGAAUAAGUAGAGGUUCUAGUGACGAGAUGAAAAAAAAAGAAUAUUCAGAUAAUGAUAUAUAGUGCAUACACUACAUUAUAAAUAGUGCGAUUAUAAAGGAAGAAAAAAAAAAUGAAAUGACAGAAACAAAGAAAGCGAGAACAGACACCAAACGAAAAAAUAGCGCGUAACUCUCAUUACACGAGACGUAAGAAGAAGAAAACAACAAAAGAUAAAAAAUAUACCAAGCGUAAUGGAUAAGUAAGUUGCUCAUGUGUAUAUUUUUGUAAAUAGGUAUUUGCGAGUGCCGCCGCCUUGAGGGUGACCUGUCGACGUUUAAAUCGGACGCGACAGGCCGGCCCGCCCCAAUUUUUGCUACCACAAAUGUUAUCGAAAAUCAAGAAAUUUCUGGUAAAAAGAAAAGAUAAAAAUAUUAAAAUACACGUACACAAGAUAUUACAUGUCCACCGAAUUUGUCCUAGAAGUUUUUUCCGAAGUCCAAUUCUUCAGAAAUGAUUGUAUUAUGUUAAAUUUUUUUUUUUUUGUACAUAUAUACAUUUUAUUAUCGCUCCUACUAUUAUUAUUAUUAUUCUUUUACUGUUGUAUCUUUUACGUUCGAUUCAAUUGACCACCCUUCAUCCGCCUCUCGCGAAUCGGUUAUUCUUUUCGUUGUUCCGUCACCGACAAAAUUAAACAAAAGAACGAAAAAAGAAAAGAAGAAAAACCGUUAUGUCGCAAGAUACGCACGCAAUUUAGUGUUUUUCCUAUAUUUUCGCAGCUAUGAGAAUGUAGGCUUAAAAGUAUACGAGGAUCGAGUGUAAAAGGAAGAAAAAAGUGAAGAGAUAAACGUUUUACUUUUCUCGAUAAAACGGCGAAUUCGAUUUGAUCAGACCAUUGUAACAAGACGAGAACAGGAAGAAAAUAGCAAGUGGAAACGUGUUAGCAGUCAAUUGACUAACGAGCGAGCAUUCAACUGGGAGUUAAUAAAUCGUUCUUCGGACCAGGAUCAUAACGAGCAAUUUAUCUCGACAAUUAGUUAAAACAUAUCGAAAUUGAAUCGAAUUAAAUUCCAAAACUCCCGGGAGCCUUUCCGUUAGAGUUUCUAAUAAUAAUACGGAACGUGAGAGAUGUUGGACCAAUCUAUAAUCCGUAGAGACGUUUGAUCAUAAUGCGCUGUCGGUCAAUUAAUUGCUAACGUUUUCCUACGAGUAGGGUGCAAGUAAAAGGGAAAAAUAAAUGAACGGACGAAUGAAAAGAAAGAAAAGAGGAAUGAAAGAAGCAAACACGGCGGAAAAAAUGCUGGAACCGUGACAAAGGGAUUGAACACGAGUUGACGAGACUCAGGGGGGCCCAUAUAGAGUUACUAAGCGCGGUCCAAUGGUUCACGGGAUACAAUUUUAUACCUCGUGUGCGCGUGCACACGGACUGAAGGAUAAAAGAAACUAAAAAAAGAGGUCUAUUAAAAAAAAAAGUUUUGAUAUUUUCGAGACACAUAUUUAUAGUGGAUACGUAUAAUAUCAGGCCUUUCGCUCUCGUCAGCUCAUGCUGUGAAAACGUAAAGACGAGUACGCGAUACAAUGCAACCGCAUAUAUACAGAUGUGUAGGUCGAAAAUUUCGAACGAACUUUGCAACACGUAUAAUUCGACUGUUGCAAUGAAAUCGAACGUGUCCGCGCUUUUAUCGAGAAAUUAGUUGUAUGUGAGGAUGGAUGUUCUGCAGGGUGCAACGUCUGUCGAUCGGCGUAAAGCGUCAUUAUUAAUUAAAAAUUCCUUUUUUUUUUUUUAAAUCCCUUUUUAAACGAUUUUCUUUUAAAAUUUUGUUUUUCUAACACUAAGUUUUAUUUCGCCGAUUUGUUUUCGUGGUUUUCUCUUCUCUUAUCGCAAUAUCGCGUUUUUUACGAUUAGUUUUCUUCUGUAUAAGUCUUUCAUAUUCUUUAAUAUAAAGUAUCUUUCUUUUUUUAUUAUUUUAUAUUAAGAUAUGUUUAACGGUCGUCGCGCAGAGAAAUGUUCGUUUUGGACAAGUCCUACGUUCCUACCGACCUCCAAAGAUAAAAAGAAACCUAGCGAAUGGUGCUGCUGUUUUGAUAUCGCCACGCUUAGGUAUUCCUUUAAUGGGUGGCAGAGAUUAUGUAUCCGGAGUCUACGCGCGCUUCCGUGGUUCCACUUUUUCUCCAUCCAUUCUCUUGUUUUGUUUCUUUUUUCUUCUUUUAGUUUCUUCUUUUUGAACCGAUCAAUAACGAUCGAUUUAUAUAUGGGACUACAUGAACUUUUGUCACUAUGGUUUAAUGAAAGUUUAUCGUCGCCUAUAUAUAUUAUAUUAUAUUAUAUAUUAUAUUAUAUAUUAUUAUAUAUUAUCAUUAUUAUCUAUAUCUUUAUUAUUAUAUUAUAUUAUAUUAUAUUAUAUUAUAUUAUAUUAUAUUAUAUUAUUAUUGAUUUAUAUUGGUACUAUUAUCGUUAUUAAUUUUUGAGGUAUUUAUAGGAAUGAAUGGGGUAUGAGAGUACGAGAGAAGGAGAGAAAGAGGUGCGUGUCUUGUGUGCGUGCGUGCGUGCGCGUACGAGAGAUGGUGAGUUUGGGGGAGAAAAGUAAAGAAAGAAAAAGAAAAGAGGAAACCGAUUGAAACAACGUAUGUCGCAAUGACAACUGUAUAUUAUACAUACCACAGCAGCAGAAACGAUUAUUCGAUAAUUGAAAGAUGAUAUGUCGAGCGUAUAAUAAUAUACAUAUGUAUGAUAUACAUAUAAUAAUGUCGAAAAUGUUUCUGUUAAUUAAAACUGUUUGAUUUCUGUCUUCUUUACCCGCUACGCCGUAAAACUGUAAUAUAUUUAUAUACAUGUAUACAUACGAAACAUACACACGAACAUGUAAACGCGCGCGCGCACACACAGAAACAUACACGCACGCACGCACACAAAUAUACAACAUUUACAUACUCGUACAGGAGAAAAUCCACUUACCACCAUAUAUGUAAACAUAGAGACAUGCAAUCAUAAUUAUAUUAUUAUAUUAAUAGUAAUAUACGAUCAUUAUUUUACUAUACUCUCGUAUACGGUCGUAUCGCGUGUAGUACCUAAUUCCGAUUCCGUAAACGCGUUGCUCCAGUUUCACAGGAGAACUCUCUGGUCCUCCAGGAACGUUCGUGGUUGAGAAAAUUCGCUCUCCACCUUGAGAUACCAGUGCGUAGAGGAAGAUGCGUCUGAACAAGAGAAAACGAGAGAACAUUUCAAAUGUCGUUCAGAUCUUCGUCUUUCGCGAGCCGUAUUCCUAUAUUUGUAUGAUAUACAUUGAUACGACACGGAGGAUAGAGAGACGCGUUGAGGGCGGGAGAGUUCGCGUUCACGGUGAUGAGCAGCCGAACACUACUAAGUAGUAACGAGCAAUGCACAAGCAAUUUAUUAAUUAGUUAACAUACCGCGUAGUACGAUCGACGCGUGACAGGAUGGACUCUUUACACGAUUCGAAGGGUAGUCUUCCAAAGUGAGCCGACGUCGCAAUAAUUCUUUCGA